GAUCAAGCAGAUGGACUUUGAGGACAUCACAUGAAAGGUACUCGACUUCCUGCUUUACUCCUCCAUCACAACCAGACCACAUUCUACCUCAUUGGCUUCCCGAGAAGAUACAACCGCUACCUAUCGUGCGAUAUGUCACUCAAGCGAAGUGCCAACACUAAGGUUUCGCCAGGAGCUGCCAAAAAACCAAAGCCUAAUGGUAGUAUUACGUCGUUCUUCGGCGCUCCUAAACCCAAGGAGGGUGCCAUUACACCAAAUGCCAGCGCUCCACCACCUCCGACUGUUCGCUUCAACAAGGAGAAAUGGGUAUCCUCGUUGACGGCAGAGCAAAAAGAGUUAUUGCAAUUGGAGAUUGACACCCUUGACGAAAGCUGGCUGGCUCACCUGAAAGACGAGAUUGUCUCUCCCGAGUUCCUUGACUUGAAACGAUUCCUCAAAAAGGAGAAGGAGUCGAAAGCAACAAUUUUUCCUCCAGAGCAAGAUAUUUAUUCUUGGUCACGACAUACGCCGUUGCAUACCGUGAAAGCCGUUAUCCUCGGACAAGACCCUUAUCACAAUUACAACCAAGCCCACGGUCUUUGCUUUUCCGUUCGACCACCCACCAAAGCCCCCCCUUCUCUGAAAAACAUAUACAUCGGAAUAAAAAACGAUUAUCCAUCUUUUCAAGCGCCUACAGAUAAUGGUGGCCUAUUAACUCUAUGGGCAGAACGUGGCGUACUUAUGCUGAAUACCUGUCUAACUGUUCGAGCCCACAAUGCAAACAGUCACGCAAAUCGAGGAUGGGAACGAUUCACGCAGAAAGCCAUUGAUACAGUGGCUCGUGUCCGUACUCGAGGUGUAGUUUUUCUGGCUUGGGGAUCAUUCGCUGCGAAACGAGUAGCAGCUGUCAAUAAACAGAGACACUGUGUCUUGCAGUCUGUUCAUCCAAGUCCUUACAGUGCUCGCAAUGGAUUUUUCACAAACGGACAUUUCAAAAAAUGUAAUGAAUGGCUUGCCGAGAGAUACGGAGCAGAUGCCAUGAUCGACUGGAGCUUGGAUCCAAAGAAUCCUAUUUUCGCUCAGGAGCCUGUACCGACGACAGUCGAAGACAAGAAGGGCGGACCUCUUGCCACUAGCAAGCUUGCUAACAAAGGUCCCCUCGACAACGUUUCUACCAAAGGUGACGAAGAGGAUGUUAAAAUAGCGAAAACGACAGCAGUUACAGUAACAGCUACGACUGAAGCCGAUCCUUUUUGUGACGAAGACGACCUGGAUGCUCUUGAAGCACUCGCAGCAGCAGAAGGUGACUUCUCUGCUAAUAAUACCAAGGUUAUGAGCAAUGAGGGAGUAGUUGUGGAAGAGGUCGAAAAGGCUGAUUCUUAAAACACGAACACAUACUAUUGACGUCAAUAUCUGUUGGAAACAAUCAUUUCGUAUAACUCUUUUCUCCGGUGGAUUGUGGGAUAUGUACAAAUAUUAUACCAAAUGCGCUACCGUUUCUUUAUCUUCUUGCGUGGUAUUGGUGUUUAGGCCAGUCUUAGAGUUUCAUAGGUAUAAUUCGAAAACAUUGAAUGAGACAAUAAAGCUAAAUGUAUAGAGCAAGUCUGAUCUUGUUACAGUAGACGGUCCCGAAGUCGUAUCAAAAAUGGAAUGAUUUCAAGCUCUCCAUUAAAUAACUAUACUAACCCAAUCCCGCAUACAGCAUAAUACCCGUUCCUACCGAAGAUGACACAAAAGAUGUAAUGAGAAAAAGAGAAGCUGAUAAAGAGCAUAGCAUUCAAAACUCAAAAAUACAAUUUCCAUUCAGAUUAUCUUGUUUGUUUGUUUUUCAUAUUUUAUUCAUUUAUAGCUCGUCAUGUUCAGGAGCAGCUUCCUCAGUGGCUUCAGGAGCAGCAGAUCCAGUCUCGGAUGCAGCAGCGGCUUCAGCAGCGGAAGAUGCAGAAGCAGAGGCAGAGGCGGAAGCAGAAGAUGCAGCAGCAGAGGAAGCAGCGGCUUCUUCAUUGGACUUGGCAAUGUCGGAGACGGCAUCAACUUGAUGCUUGCCCUUAGUCUUGAUGAAUUCAGCAAGGUCCUCGACGGUCCGAGAACCAGAGUAUUCGACAGGUGCGUCCUUGGAGCCAGCUGGAUAGAGCUUGAUGGUAGGGAAACCCUGAAUAGCGUCGGGAAUGUCGUUGGCAGUAGCAUCGAUCUUGGCAACAGUCACCUUGGAAGCAUAUUCGGGGUUCUCAGCGUAGAUUGAGGCAAGUUGCUCAUACUUGGGAGCCAAA